UGAUGGCAACAUUUGUUUCCAUCAUUGCCUGGAAUAUUUGCUAAAGUAUUUCACAUUCUGUUUGGAGCGGGAGAUAUCUGCAAAGGUGUUUGUAUCAUCUUCAGAUAUUGAUGAAGAUCAGUACUGCUGGAAAUAUAAGCAAUAGAAAUAUAUAAAAAAGGAGGCAAAAUUAUAUUUUGUGUUUGUAUGCUAUAGAACAAUAAUGAAUCCUCAAGAGAUGACAAAAGAAAGAGAAAAAUUAUCACACCAAUGUGAUAUGUGUAAAAAGACAUUUUCUAAUAAGCGAAAUCUCACUGUUCACAAAUUCAUUCAUGCUGGUAGGAAGCCAUAUCACUGUGGUAAAUCAUUCUCCCAGAAGCACAGCCUUACUUCUCACAUAUCCAUUCAUACAGGGGAGAAACCAUAUCACUGUGAUGUCUGUGGAAAGUCAUUCUCCCAAAAAAGUCACCUUACUUCUCACAAAUACAUUCAUACAGGAGAGAAACCUUAUCAAUGUGAUAUUUGUGGUAAAUCAUUCUCUCAGAAGAUAGGCCUUACUAAACACAAAUACAUUCAUACAGGAGAGAAACCUUAUCACUGUGAUAUUUGUGGUAAAUCAUUCUCUGAUAAAAAUAACCUUACUAGACACAUAUCCAGUCAUACAGGAGAGAAACCUUAUCACUGUGAUAUCUGUGGAAAAUCAUUCUCUCGAAAAAGUCACCUUUCUUCUCACAAAUCCAUUCAUACAGGAGAGAAACCUUAUCACUGUGAUAUUUGUGGUAAAUCAUUCUCUGAUAAAAGCAACCUUACUAGACACAUAUCCACUCAUGCAGGAGAGAAACCUUAUCACUAUUGUUGUUACAAUUUUCUGGUUAUCUUAUUUAUUGUACGGAACAAUUAUGUUACAACAUCUGGCGAUGAGGGUUUCGAAGCUCUUGCAGGUGUCUUUUGUGGUAAAAGGCCUUACAACACUGAAUAUACAGAAAUUCACACUGCAGAACUAAAUUCUGAAGAUCAACCAUUAAAGAUCCUAGAGGGCUCUGAACAGAAACAAAAUUCGUACAUGUAA